CUGGAACCUACUGUCAUCGAUGAGGUGCGUACAGGAACCUACCGGCAGCUGUUCCAUCCUGAGCAGCUGAUUACAGGAAAGGAAGAUGCUGCCAACAACUACGCCCGUGGACACUACACCAUCGGCAAGGAGAUCAUUGAUCUGGUUCUUGACAGGACUCGUAAACUGGCUGAUCAGUGCACUGGCCUGCAGGGAUUUCUAAUCUUCCACUCCUUUGGUGGAGGCACUGGCUCAGGUUUCACCUCCCUGCUGAUGGAGAGACUCUCCGUUGAUUAUGGCAAAAAGUCUAAGCUUGAGUUUGCUGUCUACCCAGCCCCCCAGAUUUCCACAGCUGUAGUAGAGCCUUACAACUCCAUCCUGACCACCCACACCACUCUGGAGCACUCCGACUGCGCCUUCAUGGUGGACAACGAGGCUAUCUAUGACAUCUGCCGCAGGAACCUCGAAGUUGAACGCCCGUCAUACACCAACCUGAACAGGCUCAUCAGCCAGAUAGUCUCGUCCAUCACAGCGUCACUUCGCUUUGAUGGAGCCCUGAAUGUUGACCUGACAGAGUUUCAGACCAAUUUGGUACCCUACCCUCGUAUCCACUUCCCUCUGGCCACCUAUGCUCCAGUCAUCUCUGCAGAGAAAGCCUACCAUGAGCAGUUGUCAGUUGCUGACAUUACCAAUGCUUGCUUUGAGCCAUCCAAUCAGAUGGUGAAGUGUGAUCCUCGUCAUGGUAAAUACAUGGCCUGCUGUCUGCUGUAUCGUGGUGAUGUGCUGCCCAAAGAUGUCAACUCUGCCAUUGCAGCCAUCAAGACCAAACGCAGCAUCCAGUUUGUAGACUGGUGCCCCACAGGCUUCAAGGUGGGCAUCAACUAUCAGCCUCCAACGGUGGUUCCUGGAGGAGACCUGGCCAAGGUGCAGAGAGCUGUGUGCAUGCUGAGCAACACCACAGCCAUCGCUGAGGCCUGGGCCCAUCUCGACCACAAGUUUGACCUCAUGUACGCCAAGAGAGCCUUUGUCCACUGGUAUGUUGGGGAGGGCAUGGAGGAGGGAGAGUUCUCAGAAGCCAGAGAAGAUAUGGCUGCCCUGGAGAAGGAUUAUGAAGAGGUUGGCACUGACAGCAUGGGAGAGGAGGAUGAAGGAGAGGAAUACUGACUUUCCUAAGGCCUGCAUUUAAGACAAAGUACAUUGAUAUUGAAUUCUUGUUUUAAAAUACGACAUUUAGUUUUUUUGUAGUAAAGAAAAAAUGUAGGUCAAAUAAUUUGGUUCAGAAAAUAACACAUUUGAAUGAUCCAAAAUAUUAACGUUAUCCUCAAAACAGAGCAAAAUGGUA